CCUUAAACUUUCCAGCGAAACCGAUUACCUGCAACGGUUAGAGAGUAUAUCCAAGAUGGCGACUACCAUCAAAACACAUGGGGAAUGGAAACCAGUCAAAAUAGACCCUUCCUUGUUCGCCCAUGGCGGUAUGGAAGGGUUUAUUUGUAUGGAAGAAUUAACAGAUUACAAGCUGAUUCGAAGCAACAGUUCCAAGAAACCUGGGGACCUUGAGAAGAAAAAGAAGACAACCAAGAAAGAGAAGAAAGAUGUUGUGGAUAAGAAGCACCAAGGAACAAAACAGAGUCCAAAAACAUCUGGGAAAACUAAAUCUAAAUCAUCAGAAAAUAAAAAUCUAACAAUUCAACAUGCUGCUCAGACUGAAAACACAGAUAAAAAGAAGAAAAAGAAGAAACAAAAGAAUAAAAAUACCAAGCAAGAAGGAGAACUGCAAGAAAAGGAGCACAAGAUUGGACGAGGACAAUUUGUCAGUGGAGCUCAAAUAUUUGAUGCCUGUGAAGAGGAUCAAGAUGAAAAGACUGAAAAGAAGCAAAAUAAGCUUAACACUUCAAAGAAUAAAGGCAAUGAAAAUAAAAAGAAAUUCAAACCAGAAAAAAGGAGAAGAGAAGCUGAGGAACAGAUUCCAAAAAAGAAGCUAAAAAUAACAGAAGAGGAGCAAAAAGAGGAUGUUACUGAAACAAAAACAGAUGUUUCUGCCUGGAAAGACCUUUUUGUCCCUGAGCCAGUUCUGGAAGCACUUGCAGAAUUGGGCUUCUCAAGUCCAACACCAAUCCAGGCACUGGCUUUACCAUCAGCCAUUAGAGAUAGGAUGGAUAUUGUAGGAGCUGCUGAAACUGGCAGUGGCAAAACUCUUGCCUUUGGUAUUCCAAUUCUGCACCACAUCCUCAAGUCCAAGUCACUGGGAUCAGAAAGAAGCACAAAUAACAAAGAUGGCUCAGACAGUGAGGAGGAAGAAGACUCUGUUGAAAGUGAAGACAAAAAUAAUGACACUGAUAAUGAAAAUAAUGAAAAAGAUGAAGAGGAGGGGGUUGUUGAUGAAGAGGGUAGUGAUGAUGAUGAUGAUGACGUUGAUGAACUCGGAGAGUCAGAUUCUGAAUUGUCUGAAGAUGGAAGUUUUGAUCGUCCACCUGGGGAUGAAGAUGAUGAACUACCAGUGUUAAAGGAAGAUGACAUUGGCUGUGUGAAAAUUCUGAAUGAUGUACAGUUUGACUGGCUGGAGCCAGAGCCCCAGCAGGCACCUGCUCUGUUUAGUCCAAGGGGACUUGAGGCCUUGAUACUGACACCAACACGGGAACUAGCAGUGCAAGUCAAACAGCAUCUGGUGGCAGUUUCCAAGUAUACAGAUAUACAGAUAGCAGUAGUAGUGGGUGGCAUGUCCCAGCAGAAGCAGGAAAGAUUACUGAAGAAGAGACCAGAGAUAGUGGUAGCCACACCUGGGAGACUGUGGGAACUCAUUAAAGAGGGUGACCCCCACCUGUCUACAGUUGACACCCUGAAGUACCUGGUCAUAGAUGAAGCAGACAGAAUGGUGGAGAAGGGACACUUUGCUGAGUUGUCUUCACUCCUAGAGAUGAUAAACAGUGAUCAGAAGAAAAAAAAGAAGAGGCAAACAUUUGUGUUCUCAGCAACAUUAACCCUUGUUCACAGUGUACCUCAGCGUUUACUGAUGAAAAAGAAGAAAAAGAAGUUUAAAAUGACACAAGAGCAGAAAUUAGAGUCUCUGAUGGCAGAUAUAGGUAUCAAAGAAAAGCCAAAAAUCAUAGAUCUUACCAGGAAGACUGCUACAGCAGAGAGAUUAGUUGAGACCAGAAUUCCUUGCUCUACUGAAGAAAAGGAUGCCUACCUGUAUUACUUCCUCCACCAAUACCUUGGCAGAACCCUUGUGUUUACCAACAGUAUAGACUGUAUACGGAGACUGGCCUCCAUCUUCACACUGCUCAAGUGUAAACCUCUCACACUGCAUGCCAAUAUGCACCAGAGACAAAGAUUAAAGAACUUAGAAAGGUUUGCAGCUGACAAACGCGGCCUGUUGCUGGCCACUGAUGUGGCUGCCCGAGGUUUGGACAUUCCCAAUGUGGAGCAUGUUAUUCACUACCAGGUCCCCAGAACUUCUGAGAAUUACAUUCAUCGUAGUGGUCGCACUGCUCGUGCUUCUAAGGAAGGUCUCAGUGUGAUGUUGAUGAGUCCUGAAGAUGUGAAAAAUUACAAGAAAAUAGUUCACACUCUGAACAGAGAUGAAGAUGUGCCAGUGUUUCCUGUGGAGCAAGCCCUAAUUACUUCAAUCAAAAGCAGACUAAACUUGGUCAAAGAAAUAGAUCGAGAAGAACACAGGUGUAGGAAAGAUAAGAGUAAGACAGAUUGGUUUAGAAGAGCUGCAGAAGAGAUGGACAUUGAAUUGGAUGAUGUACAUAUACAAAACGACAUUGGAAAUGAUGGGUUUGAGCAGGCAAAAAGAAAGCGGAAAAUAAAGCAGAUGAGAGCAGCAUUGGAUGCCAUGCUGAAAGUACCUCUCACCAGCAGGGAUUUCUCUGGGAAAUAUCCAACUAAGAUGGGAAAACUAGUCACUCCUGUGAUGCCUGACAUCAGCAGUGGGGCCAGUGCAUUGAAAGCAGUAAAGAAGAGCCAGCCAAAGAAAAUAUCAACAGCACCUUUGUCACCAAAUAAACCAAAAAAACAAAUUAAGCAAAAACCUCUUGCUCCAAAUGAAAAGACAGAGAGGAGGCAAAAACGCUCCGCAAAAACAAAGUCUAAACGGAAUAAAUUUAGGACAUCGGCAUCAUGAUGUGGAUUCUUGUUGCAGAUACUGUCAAGUGCUUCAAUUCAGGAAUAAAAAGGAAAAGUGAAAAGGAUUAUAUUGAUGACAUUGACUGGCAUUUAUAAAGAUGAGAAAUGAAUGCCCUAUCAAAGCUAAAGACCACAGGAAAUUGUCUCUCUUAUCAUUUCCUACUGAAACAGAUAUUAAUUUUUGAAUAUCACCAAAAUAAAUUCCUCUGGGAGAGAAUGAUCUCCGUUCUACUGUUAUCAAUACAAGAGAAUGUACUGAAGAGGACACGAUGUGAUAAUAGAAUUGUUAAAUAAAAGCAGUGAUUUGUGAAAUGAGAUGUGAUUUAAGUGCAAUGCAGGUAAUAAAUAUGGGACAGUUCUCAUUAA